GCUUCCCACCGCCACACGAGCUGCUGUGUCAACUGUGUCGAGACCUGAGAAACGGCGUGUUGGUUGAAGUUGUCCUCGUGCUGCGCACUUGUUGAGASUAGAAGACGAGUCGAGAGACGAGGGUUCAAGCAGGACGCCACAGACAAACGUGAUGGCCACUGAAAGAAAUCAGACUCAAGUUGGGAACGAAGUAUUGACUAAUAAGGAUUCACCUCCGUCCAACGGGAGCAGAAUGAACAGAGAAGCCAAACAUGCAAAUCAUGAGACGGAAGCAUGGCGAAGCUCUGACCAACUGUGGCUUUCAAACCAGCGAAGCAGCCCUUCCCUUCUCUUCUAUAGAAAGCUUUCAUGUGACAGUGUGGAUGGGACAAUUAUGACUGAGGAACAUGUAGACUUCCAAUAUAGCUCCUUAGUUCUAAACGAAAAAGAAAAGCUUUUUGCAGAGCUGUCCACUUUAAAGAACAUUGAAGUAGAAACUCCAGCACCUAAAGAAAGUUUAGAGGGAWCUAUAUGGAAACUGGAAAACUUUGAAAACUUUGCGGAUGCAAGAGAGAAUAAAACUGGCAGCACUCACUGCUCCUGUGGCUUGUCAAGCUCUUACACAUGUACAAAUGCUUACUCGUGCCACAGUUCCAGUCCUACUCAGUGUCGUCACCUCAGCUCCAGUUCUUGCCUCAACAAGAGAGGCAUCCGCCGCGGCAGUUUGCCUGUGUCCAUGCUGACUUUCCACAGGACAUCAACUUACUUCUCCUCUCAGGGCAGUGCUGCGAGUGAGCCAAGCUCGUUGGUGUCGUCUCCCUGUGGUUCCCCCCUUUUCAGCCACCGGCACCAAAAUGGACACUGCCUCAAAAAUGGUUAUUCAAGUUUAGAGAGGCUUAACAAAAGGGUUAUUAAGUGCCCCUUGGAGAAGUUAUUCCUUCGACCGGCAUCUCUAGAAAUCWUAACAACAAACAUGGGAUCAUCCUCAGAAGGGACCGUGUGCUGCAUCAGUGAUGAGAGCAGCAGCAGUGAUGAGGAGAAAGGAGAGACGCUGUUGGAUACUACAGAGUUCCUCAGGGAACGUAAAGAACGUUCUACUGUCCUGGUGAGACGGUUCUUCAAGAACAAUCAAAAGAUGACCAAGUCGGUGUGUACUGGAACCAGAGCCAUUGUCAGAACGCUGCCGUCGGGUCGGAUCUCAGAGGAUGUCUGGGAUGUUGUUGUUGAAUACAGGUUCUGGCAUCCCAGCAAGGAGGAUGUGUGGCCAAUUGUAGUGCCCAGAGAAGAAUUCAGAGUCUGCAGAGACAUGCUUCGCUUUAGUGGACUGAUUCUGCAUCAGGUUACCAGCUGUGUGCAGGACAGAGAGGAAGUCAGUCUAAUWCAUCCUGCUAAAAAGCUCCUGUUGUCCUGCUCUGGAUGUGUUCGUCUCAGGGAGUCUUUCUGUCCAUUUCACAUUGCCCUCAGCACCUGCCCUGCCAGACCUGACAGGAAACUCUUUUAUAACCCCUGGUGCUUUCAUCCUUCACAUUCAACCAGGUUAUAUCGUGCUUGUGAUCAGAGGACAUCACUGAGUUCACUGUUGACUGGAGCAUUACUAGAGGCCACAGUUGUACUUGGAUCUCGCUCUGCUCUACCUAUUGCUUUACUCCAGAGCCCAAACGGCCACUCUGUGCUGAAAGAGCGUCAGCUGGCGAACAGUAUGACCAGCAGCAACUCUCUUCCUCCCAGUGUCAGUGGAAUCAGUAAGGAGCUGGCAGAACUGCGACACCUCAUUCAGUUCCCAGAGGAGAUCGCCUGUAUCCUUACUGAGCAAGAGCAGCAGCUUUACCAGCAGGUCUUUCCCUUAGACUACCUCUWUUACCUCACUCGAGACCUGGGUAGCCCUGAGUGUCAAUCGAAGCGACACCCAAACCUCAAGGCCUCACUGUCAGCACCCGCCAUGCCCACUCAGAGCGCUCAGCGGCGUAAUGCUGUAGAGGACUUGGUGGCACGGUUCAACGAGGUGAGUUCCUGGGUGACAUGGCUGAUCCUAACAGCAGGGUCCAUGGAGGAAAAGAGAGAAGUCUUUUCAUAUCUCGUCCAUGUUGCUAAAUGCUGUUGGAACAUGGGGAACUACAACGGUGUUAUGGAGUUCCUAGCUGGACUAAGGUCCCGUAAGGUGUUGAAAAUGUGGCAGUUCAUGGACCAGUCAGACAUUGAGACCAUGAGGAGUUUAAAGGAUGCAAUGGCCCAGCACGAAUCAUCGUCUGAGUACAAAAAGGUUGUGACCAGAGCACUCAAUAUCCCAGGAUGCAAAGUGGUGCCAUUCUGUGGUGUUUUUCUUAAAGAGCUCAGUGAUGCAUUAGAUGGCACUGCAAGCAUCAUCAGUCUAAAGCAACCUCCAGAUAACACUGAUGACUCAAUAGAGUUUGUGUCGGACUACAGCGGUCAGCACAAUUUCAUGUCCCGGGCUGGACCAGACGGGCUGCACAUCCCUGAGAAAGAAGCUACUGUCAGUAACAUCCUGCAAAUUAUCAGAUCUUGUAAUCGUAGUUUGGAGUCCGAGGAUCCAGAUGAAGCGUCCAGUCCUUCUUCUACCUGUUCGUCUUUUGCAUUCAGAUGCAACUCUUUAAGAGACCGCUGCCGCAAUCAAUUCGCGGUUGGAGAUCUGUCGGACUCGGAUGGCGACUUGUCGACUGAACCAGCUGUGAAAGAUGGGGAGUUUCAGGGUACCGAGGAGACACACAGAGCUUUCAGUCAUGGCACAGAGCUCAUUCCAUGGUAUGUUUUGUCACUACAGCCAGAUGUUCAUCAGUUUCUACUGCAAGGGGCUACAGUCAUCCAUUAUGACCAGGACAGCCACCUCACAGCUCGAUGUCUGCUGCGACUACAGCCUGAUAACACAACACUCACCUGGGAUAAGCCAGGGGGUUCAACAUCAGAGCAGCCACUGGGGCUAGGACAGAGUGUGGUUGCUGGUCUAGCAGAAGGCAUGUUGGACAUCGGAGUUGUAAAGGCAGUGCUUCUGGGACAUCAGGGUGCUGAUGUGAAUGCUGUAUGUUUGCAAAACAAGCUGAGCCAAAUGACAGUGGAGGAGAAUGGUCUUUCGCUCCUCUACGGACUGAGUACCACCGACAACAGACUUCUGCACUUUGUGGCCCCUAAUCACACGGCACAGAUGCUCUAUAAGGGCCUGUCAGAGUUGGUGAACGCAACCAGGAAACUGAAAAGAUUUCCAGACCAAAGGCUACAGUGGCUGAGGAGGCAGUAUGUCAGCUUGUAUCAGGAGGAUGGCAGGUACGAGGGUCCUACUUUAGCUCAGGCCAUUGAGCUUUUUGGUGGACGGAGGUGGAACAUGGGUACAGGCACCUCAGAGAAACCCAGCACCCAGAAAAACAGCCCCCUGAGCAUCAGUGAUAAGUCCAAGAAGAAGAAGAAAGCCCUCGUCAGGGGGGACAGUGGAGAUGCCACUGAUGAUGAGAUGGUUUCCAGGAAAACACGGAGCUGUAAGGAAGGUUUACUUCGAAAUGGUCCAGAGUCUGACAGCCUUGACCAAGAAGAUACAGAUGACAGCUUGCCUGGACCAUUCUCCCUCUCAUCCAGUAAGAGCCCAGGGCUACUAGCUUCUUCUUCUUCAGCAUCCUCUACCUCCAGUAUGACGGGGUCCACCCACUCUCGUCCACAAUCAUCUCCAGUCCUUUCAGGAACCUCCAAAUCACAGGCAGGAUCGUGGAGCAGCAGGUCGUGGCACGGCCGGGGUAAAGGCUGUUUCAGAGGCUUCCAGAAUCUGAUGAUUUCUGACAGCACAAUGAGCUUCAUUGAGUUUGUUGAGCUUUUCAAGUCAUUCAGUAUUCGAAGCAGGAAGGACCUGAAAGAAUUGUUCGACACCUUCGCUGUCCCCUGCAGUCGCUCAGGUCCAGAAUCGUCCCCUGUUUACACCAACCUCAGGAUAGAUGAUAAAGACACAGGAUUACAGCCAGAGCUUGAUUUACUGACCCGUAAUGGCUCUGAUCUUGGCCUUUUUAUCCGGACGAGGCAGCAGAUGUCUGACAACCAGAAGCAGAUCUCAGAUGCAAUUGCAGCAGCCAGCAUUGUGACCAACGGCACAGGGGUGGAGAAUGUGUCYCUUGGUGUCUUGGGAUUGGCUAUCCCUCAGCUCAAUGACUUUUUAGUCAACUGUCAGGGAGAGCACCUGAGUUACGAUGAGAUCCUCAGCAUUAUACAGAAAUUUGAACCUUCGUCUACGAUGAGACAAAUGGGCUGGAUGUCAUUUGAGGGUUUUGCCAGGUUUCUAAUGGACAAGGAGAACUUUGCUUCUCGUAAUGAAGAAUCUCAGGUGAAUCCAGAUGAGCUGCAGUAUCCUCUGUCAUACUACUACAUCGAGUCUUCUCACAACACUUAUCUGACCGGGCACCAGCUCAAAGGAGAGUCCUCCGUUGAGCUUUACAGUCAUGUUCUGCUUKAAGGCUGUAGGAGUGUGGAGUUAGACUGCUGGGAUGGCGAUGACGGCAUGCCAGUUAUUUACCAUGGACAUACGCUCACCACGAAGAUUCCCUUUAAGGAUGUGGUGGAAGCAAUCAACCGUUCUGCAUUUGUCCAUUCUGACAUGCCGGUCAUAAUAUCCAUAGAGAAUCACUGCUCUCUUCCACAGCAACGGAAGAUGGCUGAAAUCUUCAAGACAGUGUUCGGGGAGCGACURGUGGCACGCUUCCUGUUUGAAAGCGACUUCAGCGAUGACCCUCACCUGCCGUCACCGCUGCAGCUGCGUGGGAAGYUCCUUCUCAAGAACAAGAAACUCAAAGCUCAUCAAGCACCUGUGGACAUCCUCAAACAGAAGGCUCACCAGCUGGCUCACAUGCAYGCCCAGGCAAGCAACGGAUCCCCAGGAGUUUCUUCACCAAGCAACCAUGCCAAUGAGGAAGAGGAAGAAGAGGAGGAUGAAUAUGAUUARGACUACGAGUCUUUGUCAGAUGCUGAUGUCCUCACAGCCUCUACUGCUUCAUAUGGCCUUGAAGAUAACAUCCUCGAGGACAAGCCUGAUGUCAAAAGUCCAGCUGACAAAGAAGAGCAACCUACUGAUGACAUACCUAAGAGGAUGAAGAAGGCUGACAUGAUGCAGAGUAAAGGAAAGGUGUUUGACAUGGAGCUGGGCGAGGAGUUUUACCUUCCUCAGAACAAGAAGGAGAGCCGACAGAUCGCUCAGGAGCUCUCUGAUCUUAUCAUUUACUGCCAGGCUGUAAAGUUUCCUGGCCUGUCUACAUUGUCACCUGCUGGUUCUGGUAGAGGAAAGGACAGAGGAAAGAGCAGGAAGUCCAUAUUUGGCACAGCUCCAUCUCGCUGCACCAUAACAGGGGAGGUGAUGACUCCGAGCCGAGCUCCAGGGAAAGGUGGCUCCGAGCGGCUCAGCUGGGAGGAACCACAGACAUCUCCUGUUCUCCACGCCUCCACGUCACUCAGCGCCAUCAUCCGCACACCAAAGUGCUACCACAUCUCCUCCGUCAACGAGAACGCGGCUAAACGCUUGUGUCGGCGCUACUCUCAAAAACUGAUCCAGCACACCGUGUGCCAGCUGCUCAGAACUUACCCGGCAGCCACCAGGAUCGACUCGACCAACCUCAACCCUCUGCUGUUCUGGCUGCAUGGAAUCCAGCUGGUGGCCCUCAACUAUCAGACGGACGACCUGCCUAUGCAGUUGAACACGGCGUUGUUUGAGGCCAAUGGGGGCUGUGGCUAUGUACUGAAGCCUGCAGUGCUUUGGGAUCGUAGCUGUCCACUUUAUCAGCAGUUCUGUCCGAAUGAAAGAGAUCUGGAGAAAAUGAGCCCCGCAGUCUAUUCUCUCACAAUCGUUUCCGGUCAGAACGUUUGUCCGGGAAACAGCUCUGGCAGUCCCUGCGUCGAGGUGGAUGUUCUGGGCAUGUCAGUGGACAGCUGUCACUUUCGUACCAAACCCAUCCACCGCAACACCCUCAACCCCAUGUGGAGCGAACGCUUUCAGUUCACCGUGCAUUUCGAAGAGAUGUGUUUCCUGCGAUUUGCUGUGGUGGAGAACAACAGCUCCCAGAUCACAGCUCAGAGGACUCUGCUUCUGAAGGCCCUCAAACCAGGUUACAGACACGUUCAGUUGAGGACGCAGCAUAACGAACCUCUUGAAGUGUCCAGCUUAUUCAUCUACAGCCACAGAAAAGAGGAAGGUCCUACAGGGGGCGCCACUCCCUCAUCUUUGCUUUUCAGUUCAGAGGAGAAACGUGCRUCACAGCAACAUCGAGUGACAGUGCACGGAGCUCCUGGUCCCGAGCCCUUCACGYUUUUCUCUGUUACAGAGCAGACCACUGCCAAACAGCUGCUGGACAUGGUUGUGGCACCAGCAGGUAACCCAUCAGAGUUCUUCUUAUGUGAGGAGAAGGCCCCCUUGUCGAAGGAGCGCAGCGAGGUAAAGCGCUGUGCUCAGUGUCGACCUCUAGCACCUGAGGAAGAGGUGGUCAGGCUCGUGUGCAGCUGGAACACUGAGGAGGGAUAUGUGGGAAAGAUCUGCCUCAAAUCAAGAGACGAGAACUUACAUGAGAAAAUCACAGUCCUGGAGAGAGAGGAGGACACAACUGCAGGAGGGAAAGAUGGAGGAGGAGAGGAGGAUAUGUUCUUUGUCCAAGUCCAUGAAGUUUCACCAGAACAGCCCCACACAGUGAUCAAAGCCCCGCGGUACAGCACUGCUCAGGACAUCAUACAGCAGACGCUGUCAAAGGCAAAGUAUUCCUACAGUAUCCUGGCUAAUCCCAACCCCUGUGACUAUGUGCUGGUGGAGGAAGUGACCAGGGACGCCGGUUCUAAGAAGUCCUCCACCACCAAGCCCCUUCAGCGGGUGCUGCUGGACCACGAGUGUGUCUARCAAGCUCAGAACCGCUGGCGGGGCGUGGGAAAGUUCAUUCUUAAAUUUAAAGAGCAGGUGGUGCGGGAGGACAAAAAGAAAGUCAUCUCCUUUGCCAGCGAGCUCAAAAAGCUGACCAGUCGCAGUCGCAGCAUGAACACUGGCGUCAGCGUGGACGGCCCCGCUCAGAGUAAGGACGAGCGAGCUGCAUGCUGUGUGGCUCUGACAGAGCUCCAGGAGUGAGGCUCACUGCUUUGCCUGCUGCCUGUGCAUGGAAAGGCAACAGAGGGUAUCUGUUUGCAGCUGUAGGUCUGAAGCUCUGGGUGACAGAGGGCAGGGUGGGGGCUGGAAGGAUCCUCCAGACCUCUUCCCCCUCCUUUAUGGGGAUGCUCCAACCUGUCCAUCUUCCCACCUGCUCUCUGACCCUCCGAGCCUGGAAGCUUCACCUCCUCAGGAACUGGAAGAUCCACAAAUGAGUUCUAGGAGAGAUUCACCUCGCUCGCUUCAGAACUUCWACUUCUCCACGUGAGCCGAAGUGUUUCCGUGAAGGACUGAGGAGUCGGCAAACGUUUGGGAAAGACUCUUUUGGAAGCGCUGAAGGAGUCUGAUCCUGUUUUGUGUUAGCAAGUGAAGGACGUGGGUCUGAGUUCUGUGAAGCCGUUCGGAGUWCGGCACCUUUUCUUAGUCGAACAGGAGAGUCUCACCUGGCGACUGCAGUGAUGGUCACGAGGGCAUAAAGCUCCAUUUCCUCUUGGUUUGUUGUUAAUGUUGUGCCGGGGCAGCUGUUUUUAUUGAAGUCAUCAGGGACAUUUAUUAGCACUACAGUAUCUCGUUUCUGAUGACCAGGACACAAAAAACGUCCCUAAGUCACAUUCGAUGAAUGAAGUAGUUUGAACUUGCUUUAAUUUCCCAGUUAUAGUGUGGAAAUAAAAGAAAAGUAAAGCAGCUAAAGUUUUUGGGGUGUUUUGGAGUAAACAAAUGUGCUUUUUUUCUGUUUAACAAAAAGAAAGCAGAGAGAGAGCGAUCAGCUUGAGCAAACUAAUCGAGAGCGUGUUUGUUGAGAGGAUGAAACUAAUCUCUUCCUCGGGUGAUUGAAGACAUUGUGAAGGAGGCGGACAAGCGGGCUUGUUUGGUUCUUUUCUUACUGGUUCAGUUUCACGGCACUGUGAGGACACGGAGAGCAGCAGCGCAGCAGCAACAUUAAGAACUUUCCACUUUAGUCAUUCUCUAAUGGAAGCUCUGAGGCUUCUGGUGACUCCUUGAGCACUACGAUCUGUAAAACGGGACAAGAUUAACGGCAGCAUUUUAAAAACUACGCUGGUGUUCAAUGGCCUCUUAUCACAAACGCCGGUUAAGUUGGGCCACGUUUCUAAAAAAUGUUGCUAAUUUUUAUUUUUAAGUUGUCUUUACGGAGGAUGUGUUCUCUCACAAAGUGUCUCAGUGCUGUCAUCACUGACCAUGUAAAACUUUAUAUUUGACUAAAUCUGUUUUAUUUGAUGUAUGUCCAGUAAGAUGUUUAAAAUGUGAACACAUCUGAGCAUGAAUCUGUUCAAUUCCUUACAAACUGCCCCUCUAAAGCCUGGAACUUGCUUGUAUAUGAAAAUAAAUGUUUUCUAGUUUGGCAGCAGGGAUGAGUUCAGCUCUUAGAAACUUGGUGAGAGAAGCUCAGUUUUCUCCAAACAUCGUUUUGCACAUUUUGUUUUCUUUUUGUUGUUGUUUGUGUUACUGUUGUUAGAGGGUCUGAAGGUUUUUCCAAUUCUUCCUUUCAUUUUUGAUCCAGUUGUGAACGAAGUUCAGGAAAAAGCACAAUAUGUUUUGUUUUGUAGUCAUUUUUUAAAMUGUCUUAGUCAAGUUUUAAAAGUUAUUGUCAGUUUUCAAACAAAAUCUGAGUUCCUUAGAGCCAUUUUUGCCCUUUUAUCAUGUACAUUUCAUUAACUUUCUUUCUUUCUUUCUUUCUGUCUGAGCAGGUGGACAUUUUAGUUUUCUUGAAUUUCUCUGAUCUAAUAAACUAACUUUUGACAGAAAAAAAAAGUCCUGGCAGAAAAUGUGAUCAGUGACAGUUUAAAGAGGCACAGCUUCCUGACUUUAAUAUAAAAACACUUUUAUCAUCUAACAUUUAUUUAUUAAGCCUUUUGGCAUAUCGUGUGAGUUACUUUGAACAACUUCCUCCUGAAUUAGUUUAUAAUAAAAAGGAGAUUAAUAAAUAACAUUCCAACACCCUAAAUAUUGGAAGAAAGUCCUGCAUUGAAAGAAUUUCUCACAUUUUAAUAAAUGUGGCCACACUGCACACAAAAACAAACACUUUAUCUCUUGAAUUAUGUUUGCGUCAAGUAAUYAGUUUGAAUUUUAGUGCAAUAUUGAAGUUGUGUUACUUCAACUAUGUAUUUUUUCUCUAGAAUUUACUGACUUGUUCUGCUUUGUUUUAUAAACUCAGCUCUGAGUUGUGGUUUUGUCGUUCAUGCAGAUUAUUAAUCUGUCAGUAGUGAGGCAGUGGGGCCGUCUGCUCCCYGAGGCUUUUUGUAAUUAAGGUAGAAGGGACACUGAUCCCUGAAAUCAUAAUGUCAUCAUGUCAAAGAUAAUGAAGCUGUAAUCCUUUUGUCCCGUCUGGCUUCUGUUAAUAUUAUGGAUUAGAAUUUAAACGUGGAGAACUGCCUUUCUGUCAUGUAAACAAAAGAAAAAAAGAAAAAAAAACACUCUGUCAAAUGGUCAUACAGCAGCUGUUUGUGUUUAAAUCUGCUUCAUCACAUUUAUUUCAACUUGUAGACCUCAUUCUGAAUGUAAGACAUUGUUUUUUUCUUUACCAACCUGAGACAACUGUAUGUUUGGAUGUUAUUUAUUUUGAAUGUGAAGCCCUGGUUGGCACUUAUCUGUGGUUUCUGUAAAAGCAAUCCUGUUUGUAAUGUAGAUGUUUUUUUUUAUUUAUUUCAGUAUGAGAAAGUGGUAACUCUGUUCCCCUGACUUAAAUACGAAUUACUUAGACAUGCAAAGAAAUUUAAAUAUUUGUAGUAUUCCUACUUGUGGCAUGUUAUCUGCAGCUACAUCUUUUAUUGUUAUAUUUUUCUGUUUAGGUGGAAAUAAAGGACUAUUUACAGUUUCA